AUGGGAGACCAAGUCAUUCGUUUCAUAUCAGAAGAAAAAGGAUUUAUCAACGCCGAAAUUCCACCGCAAAGCCCAAAUCUACCAACCUGGAAAAAGAUCCCACAAAAAUUACAAAAGGUUUUCGAUGAUGCCUUGGACAAUGAACUGGGGCUAUCUUUCCGUGAGGCACACUAUAAUCUAGUUGGCAUGAGCACUGGUUAUAAACGAACUAAAGGCAAAUUUAACGAAGACCCUGCCAUCAUACUAUAUGUUCGUCAGAAGGGAAUUUUGCGCCGUGGAUGUACUUUGUUCCCGGAUGAGAUUCGUGGGUAUCCAGUAGAUAUUGUCGAAGCUUGCGUCGCAACUCCCUAUGGUUCUGGUGUGAGUACAUGUCAAGCUUAUCAAAAGGAUGUUAAGUUAGGUUCGAGCAUAGGCGUGACAGUGCCGCAAAGAACGUCUGGAACUCUUGGUGCUGUUGUGUAUGAUAAAGAUUCAAAAAUAGGUAUCCUCUCAUGUGAACAUGUAUGUAGAUUUAGCAGUUGGUUUGCUGAAACAGAUGUCAUAAUCAAUCAGCCUUCGCACGAAGAUCUAGAUAAAUUGAAGCAGUCAUUUAUUGAUUUAGCAAGUGAAAACGAAGCAUAUAAAAAAAUCUCUGAAAACAUGUAUACUCAAAUUGACGAAGACAAACGAAAUUCAACCCUAGCUUACUAUAAACAUGGUAUACGAAACAACUUCACUUCUGAAAUGCAUCGAAAGAAGUUUGGUGUUGAUGCUGCAUUUUGUAUUUUUGCGAACGAUAAUCGUGCGUUAUGUCCAAAUAAGUUUUCAAUUUCCUCAGAGUACUUCAAAAAAGCAAAUCUUCCUGAGAAUACUUGUCUAAAUGGCUUUUAUACAUAUGAAAUGUUUGAUGACAUUGAUGAAUUAAAGAUUUUUAAAGUAGGAAAAACUACAGGUCUCACUCUUGGAAAAUUGGUUCCCUGUAUCAAUGCUAUUUCCGUUGGUAUAAAUGAAAGCAUCAAAUUUGCAAAAAAGCAAGGCGAGAUCCCAUCAUCUAGUAAUAUCACAGACAAAAAUAAUUUCAUUAGAUAUAUGAAGGCAUCAUUGGUUCAAGAAAUCAAGGAAAAACGUCAACAAUGCUACCCUACUGUAUGGUUUGAUCGACAGUUAGUAUUUUCAUUCAGACCUGGGGAUUUUGAACCCGGAGACUCUGGAGCAAGUGCUGUGGAUCAAGAAGGAAAAGCACUUGGUAUUCUUCAUGCAGCGUGGAUUACAGAAUAUUCCAGAUUCGCUAUUGCUUCACCUUACUUUGCGGUUUUUGAGGCAUUGAGUGUAGAUCCUUCUAAUCUCGCAAAUGCUGAAGAAGCAUCUAAUAUUAGCUAA